UUUACCAAAUUCUCACAGCUUUCCUUCCACAAAACACUCACCCAACAAGGCUAAACCAUUCUCUUACUCCCCAACCCCACCCUACCCUACGCUCUGUGACGAGGAUUUAGGGUUUCUCUGUCUACUCCAUUGAGCUCAGUGUGCUCAAUUAUAUCUGAAUGAGGGAGUUUUUUUACACUCAAUUUUCUUUUUGGAUAAUAAUUGGGGUACAUGCAAAAAUUAGAGUAGGAUACUAGGGUUUUCUGCUGUUGCUUGAUUUGAUCUUUCAAUGUCUGGGGAUAAGUAGUUGGUGUAGUAGUUUGAUGGCGCCGAGCCGGAGAAAAGGUGCCAAUAAGGCUGCGGCAACAGCCGCCGCCCGGCGGAAAUGGAAAGUAGGCGAUCUUGUGCUUGCUAAAGUCAAAGGAUUUCCGGCGUGGCCCGCGACGGUGAGUGAGCCAGAAAAGUGGGGUUACACUGCUGACUGGAAGAAAGUAGUAGUACAUUUUUUUGGGACUGAACAAAUUGCUUUCUGUAAUCCUGCUGAUGUAGAAGAAUUCACGGAAGAGAAGAAGGUGUCUCUAUUAGGAAGACGCCAUGGAAAAGGCGCUGAUUUUGUCCGUGCAGUGAAUGAGAUAAUAGAUUGCUUUGAGAAAUUGAAGAAACAAGACCAAGGCACUAAGGCUAAUGGUACCGAUGGAGCUGAUAUAGCCAAUGAGAACAUAGAUGGAUCUUUGACUGAAUGUGUGAAAGAUGAUGGUGUAGUAGUUACAGUUAAACAGCUUUCUACUGGGACCACUAAUGAUCUAAAUUCAUUAACUGAGGCUGCUUUAGCUGCAGCUGCUGAAGAUGCUUUGCAUGAUGAGGAGAUGCAAUUGAACGAGAUACCUUCUAAAAUGGUGUCUCCAGAAACACCUACAUCUGCAACUUAUUUGGUAAGAGACCAAUCUGAUGUUGGUAGACCUAAAAAAAGUGGCUUGAGGAGGAGGAAAUCUACCCGAGUGUUGAGAAGUUCAUCAAGGGUAGAUGCUAGUAGACCCCAAAGUACCCUGAUGCCUUCUACCAGCAACACUAGGAGCUCUAGACGGGCAGGUGCAAAUGUAUCAGAUGAUAGAUCUUUGAGAAGAAGUAAGAGGAUUGUGAAGUCGACUGAUGAUUCUGUUGGGGAGGAUGUUGACUCACUUGCUUUUGUAUCAAGUGAUAGCAAUGAAGAGAGUGAUUCUGGAAUUAUGACUAUGAACUAUUCCACCAAUGAUGGCAGCACUGGUGACUCUAGUUGUAAGCCAGUGGGAUUGGAGCAGCCCUUGACUGAAAAUAAUGAGGGGGAGACUGAGUUGAGCAAUAGGCUUGACUUUCAAAGUAACAAUAUUGUCUUCAAGAAAAAAAGGAAACCUAAUAGAAAAAGACACAAUAAUGAUACAGUUGAGGCAGCUAAACCUGAUGUAGUAGCUUCAGACUCAGGAAUACUGAAAAAUGCAUGUGUUUCCCCCACUUUUAGUGAGAAAGCAGCCCAAAAGUAUGCUAAGGAUGAUGGUGAUCAACACUUGCCCCUAGUAAAGAGAGCCAGAGUUCGUAUGGGGAUGCCAUUGCCAACAGCAGAGGAAGAAGUCACUUUAGUACUUAAAGAAGAAAAAAUAUCUGAAGCUCCUCGGGGUCUUGUUACUGAGUCCUCUGAACCUCUGAGUCUCCAGGUAGAUCGUGCUGACACAGGAUCUGUUAGAGAAGGUCCAACUUUUUCAUCUCCAUUACAUGCAAGGGUUGUGAAGCCUAUUCUUUAUGAAACUGGAAAGAAUUAUGUGGAUGGGGAAGCUGCUUUACCUCCAUCUAAGCGCCUUCAUCGUGCCUUGGAAGCUAUGUCUGCUAAUGUGGCUGGCGAUUGUGAACGAGCUUCAGAUUGCUCAGCAGCUCCAAAUAUUCAAAGCAAUGGGUAUUGUCCUUCCUUUUUGGAAAGCCCUGAGCUGUCAAUGGAAAAGAGAGCUAAGGUUGAAUUGGAAUCGGAAUCAACUAAGAGCCUGAGAAAUGGUGACUCUCUAGUGAAUGCUUCUGCGUUCUGUAUGAUGUCAGAUGCGGAAACUCCAAAAAAUGAUACAGAAACUGUAUUGAAUUGUGUUAAAACUCAUGGUAUUGAGAGCUCGGAUCCUGUAUUUUGCAGAGGAUCAGUUGAAGGUGCUGAUAAUAAACGUCUAAAGUUGUCCAUGUUAAAUGAUGCUCCUGCAGAAACUGAUGCUGAGCAUCAUGUAAAACAAGAUUCUCUUAAUGUUAGUGAGCAGUCCACUAAUUUGAACUGCAUUGCAGCCGGUACGACAAUAUCUUCUGCCAAUCACUGCAAGACUGUAUGCUCAGACUUGAAAGAAGUUGCUGAGAAAUCUGAUCCUGAUAUUUCGCAGAUGAACUCAGAUUCUGACUGUGUGGAGGGAAUUGGUGGUUGUUCACCUAAUGAUGACACCCGUGUCCAGCUUGACAGUGCAGAUGGUGGCGGUGAUGAAACAAAUAAGACGAAGCAUCUCCUAUUACCUGAGAAUAACCACGACAGUAAGCGGACUGAGUUUGUGGAAGAAGCAUGUUCACCAUUGCUCUCGGGCAAUACUCCUGCAAAGGUUCUGAAUAGCGGUCAUCGUCAUUCUAUACUUCAUUCUGCUUCUAUAUCUUAUGGCCACAUAGAAGAUAGAACUGUUUCAAUCACUCAGUCUACCUCAUCAUUGACUGACGGGGCAUAUGGUGCAAAAGCAUCGCCUCCAAGUUCUUCCAUAUGCAACUUAGCUUCAUUAGACAGUAAUAAUGAACAUAAUAGCUCUUCCAGUACAGAUGUCCAGUUGCAUCAAGAAAAGGCUAAACUUUCUGGAAAAUGUACCAGCAAAGAUGAAUCUUUGUCAUCCUUUCAAGCAAUCAUUAGAUCUUUGACGAGAACCAAAGAGAGCAUAGGCCGAGCUACACGGAUAGCAAUUGACUGUGCGAAACUUGGUUUUGCAACUAAGGUGGUGGAAAUACUUGCCCGAAAUUUGGAAAGUCAGUCAAGUUUGCACAAAAAAGUUGACUUGUUUUUCCUUGUUGAUUCUAUUACUCAGUGCUCCCGAGGCAUAAAGGGUGAUGGUGGUGUUUAUCCCUCUGCGAUCCAGGCACUUUUACCCCGAUUAUUGUUAGCUGCUGCUCCUCGUGGUGGUAGUUCUCGUGAAAAUCAUCGACAAUGUUUGAAAGUUUUGAGAGUGUGGCAGGAGCGAAAGAUCUUUCCUGAACCAAUAAUCCGCCACCACAUUCGUGAGCUUGAUGUCCUUUGUGGUACCGGUUCAUAUUCUAUUGUUGGCUCUCAACAACCCCAGAGAAAUGAAAGGGCUUUUGAUGAUCCUAUAAGAGAAAUGGAGGGUAUGCUAGUGGACGAAUAUGGCAGCAAUUCAAGCAUUCAGCUUCGUGGUUUCUGUAUGCCUCCUAUGCUUAGGGAUGUUGUUGGUGGUAGUGAUUCUGAUGGAGAGGGCUAUGAGGCUGUUACUCCAGAGCAUAAUGUUGAAAGUCAUGAUGGAGAAAAGACUCCAGUUCCAGCAGUUGAAAAGUGCAGCCACAUCUUGGAAGAUGUCGAUGCUGAGCUUGAAAUGGAGGAUGUGGCUCCAUGUUGCGAAGGAGAAAUUGCUUCCACCAGUAAUAUUGCUGGAGCAGAUCAGACAGUGCCAAAUCAUCAACCCAACAACCAUUAUGGAGUGCCAUUUACCCCUCAACAACCUAAGGAAGGGGCACUUACAUCUACUACUUCAUCAAGUUCUACCUUACCUCCACCACCACAUGCACCUUCACUUCAUACACCUGCAGGAUCUGCCUUUUCCAAUGGAGUAUGUAAUUCUGUUCCAAAUGGUCCAGAGUCAAAGCCUUACUCUAGUCGUCAGGAGUGCAAGAGUCAUUUUCUGGCCAACAGAUCCAACAAGAGUGUUUUUGCAAGAAUCAAGCCAGCGGCUACUGAUGCUGUGCACCAUCAUGUUCGUGAAAAUGAAGAUUUUGAAGGCCAGAGGCAUAGACAGAUGCCCGAUUCUAAUAGUGCUUGUUCUUACAGCGAUCGACCUACCUCCCAUGUAUCUGGACGUGCUUCUAAUAGCAGCCAGCAAACUGAUUCUCUCAACAAGGGUUUUCAUUUGCGACCUCCUCAUCCUGCUCCUUCUAAUCAAUUUUCAUAUGUGCACGAACAAAGGAUACAAUCACGGAGGAAUGCUCCACCAUCUUCACAUUCCAAUAGAUUCCAUACACGCGGCGCAGAAAAUGGGAACUUCUAUAAGGUUCGUGGCAGGAAUAAAUUUGUACCACAUGACAAUAUUGGGGAGUCGUGGAGACCUCCAUUUCCGUCAAUCUCUGGUCCAUGCUACCCAGAUGAUCGUUCACCCAUGUCAUACAGUGGUCCUCCUUGUGAGCCACCAUUUCCCAACAAUAGAUGGAAUUUCCCUCCGCGACCCAUGAACCACAGGCAUUUUAAUUACAUGCCAUCUUCUGAAGGUCCUUUUCCUGUGGCAAAUAGAGGUCAUUUCUGGAGACCGAGAUAAGUUUUCUGAGACAGCUGCUUCAAACUGGUUGGAUUUAUUUUGACAAUGCGACUUGCUGUAAGAAUACCCCUUGUGAUCAAGUACUGUGGGAUUACAAAAGUUUUGACAUUGCUCUGGCCAAGGAAGAAAAACAGCAUGCUUUUUCAUUCAAUUGUAGAUAUGCAUGCAUCUAUUCUAUUCUAUGGCUGCCUGGAGGGGUGACGUCGUGUAACCUCUAGGCUACUACACCUGCAUAUAUCCGAAUCAAGUUCAACUGCUCCCAAAUUUUGACAAAGUGUAAACAUAGUGUAUGUAGGCCAUUGUAGGAUUUGAAUUUAACCUUUUUUUUUUUUUUUGAGAAGUGUAAUUUCAUUCUCAAGCACCCGUCACUGUAAAAAUGCCUGAUGAUAACGAUUGAUGCUGUGUGAAUAUAAUCGUAAAUUGAUUUAUCUGUGUUA